AUGUGCGGCCCUGAAAACACCAACCGUCCUCGAGGAGGUGCUCUCGUCUCCCUCAACUCUCCCACAAACUCUCCUUCCAGAAUCUCUGGUGAUCUCGCCUUUCACACUCCCGGAAGUCCAUCAACUUCAAGCGCGACACAUGCAAGACUCACUCCAAGUGAGGAAUGCAGUAUACAUAAUUUCUCUGAUUUACAUGUCAUUAUACAUUCGAGUGGUGAUUUGACCAGAAACGCAAGCGAAUGUGGUCUAUUUCGUCAAUUCUCUCUCCAAAAACCUCCAACAUCCAACGACUUUGUCGAAUCACAACUCCAGGGACCACUAUCACUUGAAGUUGGGGGCGAUGGAAUCAUUGGACGUCGUGUUUCUGUCUAUUCACGUCUUGAAACAGGCCAGAAUAAAAUUAUUGCAGAAGGUAUCGUCGGCUUCAAUUUCAUGAGUCAGGAAUUAUCGGAAGAAUCGUCCUGCCCAUCAUCUCCUUCACCAUCGCUCUAG